AUUUGAAUUUCAAAAUAUAUGGUGGUAUCUCUUUCGAUGGUGUGCGACGGAAGUAGAUAUAUUAUAUUUAUUCUAUGUUCAUCCUGUUUCGUUUGAUUGUCGUGUGGUAAGGCAGAGUGGAAUAAAAUUUGUUCAGUUUAUUUCGUGCGUUGAACGUAUUCGGUAGUGCUGUUUUGUGGUAAAAGUGGGAAAAGUUAGGAAAGUGUUUUGCCGUGUGUAUGUGUAAUGUGAAAAAUUUGUGGAGUGAAAAUUUAAAAGAGGUAUCAAGUGAAAAUAAUAUAAGCAAACGCCUUAAAAUCGUGUUAUUGGUAGAAUAUCAUUAUAUACCUCUUGUCUUAAGAUUAAAAUAGUGAAAAGUUAAAAAGAUUAAGAAAAUAGUUAAAAAUUAGAAUCGGAAACGAAAGAAAGAGCUCAACGUACGCAAGCACACAUACACGAAUGAGCACGUACACAAACAUACGAACCAAUGUAAAGAUGGAACUAAAAAAUUUUCACAAUCUUUCUACAUGAUUUAUUGACCAAGAAAGAAUAUAAAGAAACAAUGAUAUAAAAUGUAGAAGACGAAAACGAUUAGUGAAAUAAAACGUAAUAAAUGUAUAUUUUUAGAUAAAAUAAAAUUGCGAUUAAAAAUAAAAAUUAAAUUUAAAGGAUAAAAUCGAAGUGGUGCAACAACUGUUUGCACUAAGUGUCGGCGGAGGAGGUGUUACAUGUACAUACAUAGCAUAUUUACCAUAUAUAUAGCUAGUUUGUUUUCGUAAAGUGGUUUUCUAAUGAGCAAACAAAAUGCCUUGAACUUACUCACAUAAGGAUGUUAUACGAAAGCAGAUAAUAUUUAAGUAACCGAAGCAAUAAUUGUAACAACAGCUUAACAAACAAACAAACAAGAAAAUUUUAGCAAAGGAACAAAACUCAAGGAAUUGUUAAAAUAGCUAUUUAAUUAUUUAAAAAAGCGUGAAAGUACAUAUAAAUGGUUUCUACUUUUAUCGGGCUAUUGGACAUACAAUCAUGGUGGGAGAUACCGUGCAUAUCUCAUUUUUGUUCAUUGUUUAGUUCUGCUUUUGACUUGCCCGACAUCGAUAUCGAGGAUCUUGAGUCGGCGCUGUUGUCGGAUGGUACGGAUGAGGAUCAAAUUGCGCUUGUUCCCGAGUUAAUUGUGCGUUUAUUAAAGGGAUGCGAUGCGCUCAAAUCGGUAGCAAAAGAAAUAACCCAUAGCAAUUAUCAGAUGUUCUUGAGGCGUUUUCUACGCCAGCAGUGUCGCAUACACAAUACCGAAAACCACUUUGAUACGGACAUUGAUUUUCAGUCACUGCCGGUGCGCAAACGUUUACAAAUACUACACGAUUUAUGCCACUUUCGCCUCGACUCUUGCGACGUACAAGUAAUACUAAGUAAUUUGGAAGCGGAUAGCUUGCGUGUUGAGCCGCUCGGAUACGAUUCGAAAAAUUCUGGCUAUUGGUAUUUCUAUGGCACGCGAUUAUAUCGCGAGGAUAAGCCAGCAUCUUCGCUGAAUAGUUACGGUGGUAUUGGCGGUAGUAAAUCAACGACCACAUCACUGAAUGGCAAAGGAAGCGAUAAUGUUAAAGGUGCCGUGUGGCAAGUAAUUUGUUUCACCGAAGAGGAUUGGCAAAAUUUAGCUAGCAAGUUUAAAUCUUCAACGAAUGCCAAAGAGCGUGAAUUGUAUCAGAUAUUAGAUGAAAAUUUUCUACCCAAAUUACCACAACUUUUUCGUGAACGCGAACGUUUGAGACGCAGAAAACUACUUCAAGUACGGAAUUCGACACGCAUACGUAAUAUCGUCGAGCUAAAAGCGCGCCAAGAGCAGGAACGAUUAUUGCGAGAACGUCAACGCUAUCAAUUCGAGCCGCCAACGAAUUUGAAGCAUCAGCAGUUGUCGUCAGUACAGAGCAGAGCAAGAAGACGGUUAGCGAGAGAACUUGCCACUACUACUCGUACUUCUACUACUACCACUAGGGAUAGCCAAAAUUGAAAGAAAGAACAAAAGUCAAAAAAAAAAAAAACGACAACAAAUCUUCAAAAUACAAAAACAAAAAAAACAAAAAACACCAUCACACUUAGAGAACUGUAAUCAAAUGAAAAUGAAUGCGAACGCAUAUCAAUUACUCAUUAUCCAUUAAAAUACACUGAACUCAGACAGCAACAGAACAAACAAACGAAAAGAACAGCAGAAGAAAACGAAAUCUAGAAAUCAUAAUCAUUCAAAACACACGCAUGCGAAGUAAACUGACAUUCGUGGAGUCAUAUAAACGCACACACACAUACAAACAUUUACAAAUACAUAUAUCACACCUAUACCUGCUUUCACUUGUCCAUUUGUCCAAGAAAUUAAAAAUAUAAGAACUACAUACUGUCAAAAAUGCGAAAGUAAAACCAAAAAAAACCAAACUCAUAUUGCAUUAAACACAAAUAUUUUGCCUGAUUUUAUGUAUGCUUAUGAUUUUAUGCGCUUGAAAUUGGUUCAUACCUAUGCUGUGAUCUAUUUCUGUUUGAUUAAUUUUCAUAGUGGAAUAUAUAUGCAUAAAUAUUAAUUACUUGAUUUGACUGAUUGUUGUCACCAAAAAACAGCAAAAUUCAGACAAGUUAAUUUCGGUUAAAGAUUUUCCAUAAGUUGACAUUUCAUAAGACAGCUAAUUACAACUGACUGCCCAUUCACAAACAAUACUCAAACCAUUGCUAAGUAAGCACACUAGAAAUUGAACGUUUCUUUUGGAAAAUUUGCAUGUCCAAAAAUAUUUCUUGCUAUGCGAAAUAGUGUAGCGCUGGCGCCUGUUCUAUGAGACUAUGAAAGAGGAAAUCGUCAUAACAUUGAAAAACUAAAACAACAACAUUAAGCAUAAAAAACUCAAAACCAAAGUAACUUGUUACGAGGCGUCCGUGGCAAUAACAACAGUUUGCAGCAGCGGAACAUGUAAAAUUUAGCGACUUCGACAGCCAUUUAUUUGCAUUUAUUUCGGUUAUUGUGGUAAUCACAACAAAAUUGGACUUAACUUACGUUUGGUUUCGUUACUCAACUAAACGAAAGCAAUUUAUACAAAUUUAAUAAAAGAAUUUAAAAAAAACUAUCUCCCAAUCCACAUCGACAGCCAGCGGCAUCUCCACAUACGCCAGCUCCUUACGCCGCACAGCCACCACAAACUCUAGCGAGUUUCUCUGUCAUCGUGAAACCUUUUGUCUAACACCGGAGGGCGAAGAGGAAGAAGUCGACAAUAAUAACGAGAACGAAAACGAAAACGGAAAAGAGCACCAAACGGAGGAUUGCUAUAGUGUGCAGCAGCUGGAGGCCAAUCAUAACACAACUGUUGAUUGUGCAACCGACGGUGCUGUAAACACAACUGAUUCAGUUCCAAAAGAUUAUUCGCUUACACAUGAUCACUGUUUGCCAAGCCAACAGUUGCUUUUACAAAACAUCAAAAUUGAGCCACAAGACGGUUCGGCUGAUGAAAGGGAAUAUGUGGUGAAUUCUCAUGUUGUAGCAGCAUACACCAACGCCUCCGCUUCCGCUCUGCAGAAAGCAGAAACUGAGCACCACUUUCCACUAAGCUGUGAUCAGUUGCAGCUAACGGUACAGCGACCGUUAGACGACACACAAUUCACUCCAUCGGCUCAGCUAGCACCUGCGAAAGUGAAAAAGUCGCACCACAAGAAGAAGAAGUCGCAAAAGAAGCAGAAAAAGAAAUCUCGCGAGCAUCGACGUCGUCGCAAGCAUGGCACCAGUGGUAACAACAUUGAUGCUUACAACACUGAACCUGCUCGUGCAAUAACAAAAGACAUACCAGAGGUCGUAGCAGUAGACAAAACACCAAAACAGAGUGGUAGCACCAGUAGCAACAGCAGCAGCAAUAGUAAUACUAAUAGUCAAAGCAGCAAUAGCAACAACAAAUCUGCCAAAACACGCAGCAGUCACAAUAGCAAAAAUCAGCAAACGCGGUCGCAGACGCAAAGCCACAGCAACGGUCAGCACACCAGCAACCACGUCCUUACGCAUACACCUUCCCUGAGUCCCGAGGAUAAGGAGAACUUCUGCCGACAAUUUACUGGUGAGGCAGCCGCGACUGGUGAAUUACAUGAACUUUCUGCUGCGGGCGCUGUUGACGCAUUGGGUGAUACCACAGGCGCCGUAGGCACUGGCACGCAGCACAUAACAACAACCAUCGUAAAGAAAGAGGUCGGCGUAGGAAUUGUACAUGAUAUGGCACCAACUAGCAAUAUGAAAUUGCCCGGCAGACAAACCAACAAUUCACUCUCAUCGUUGACCGGUAACAUAUUCAUACCGCCUGCUUUGCGCGAAGACGCGACACCAGUUGCAACAUCGGAACGCGCAGAAAGCAAGGCAAAGUCAUCGUCGGGAUCAGGGAGCAGUGCGGGUCAUAAGAAGCAUCAUAGACACAGUGGGCCGUCAUCGGGGUCGAAUGCAUCCUCUGAUGCCAGUGUCACUGCGGAGAAGAAUCAAGGCAGUGGCGGUGGUGGACAUAAGAAAAAAGUGGCGGCAGCUGCAGCUGCAGCAGCUGCGUCGGCGGUAGCGGGAACAACAACAACGGCUGUUAGUACGCAGUCAUCCUCACAGAACUCGGAUAAAAGCGCCGAUGAAAAUGUAUUUAGUAAAAAUCGCACCACCACUACCACAACCACCUCAAACACCAAAAACAUAACCUCAGCAACCGUCACUACCACCACAACCUCAAGUACCAAAAUCACUUCAAAUCAUACCGCCUCGACUGUGUUUAGAAAUGCGUCGCAUGGUGCAGAAGCAGCCGUAGUCACAACAACAGCAACAGCAGCAAAAACAUUUGUGUCAACGUCCUCGUCAGGCGCCAAUACAACGGCGACAGCCGUGACUAAAUGCUAUUUGAAACAUGCUAACAAUCAAAACCAAAGCUCUCACAAAUCUACUAAUCAAAAUUUUUUAACCUCCCAAUCCAAUAAUUGCUCCAAUUCAUCUGUCAAUUACCAUCACCAUCAACAUCAUCACCAAAAUCAUAAUCAUAAUCACAAUCACAAUCACCAUCACAUCCCAAACCAUAACUAUAACCAUAAUCAUAACCGGUAUCAUCAACAAUAUACGCACCAAACGCACGCUUCCCAUUUCCAUAUGCAUUCCUGUGCCACCAAUCAAUUGACAUCAACCUCGUUGAACGCCUUUAAUUAUGCUUCCAAAAAUUCCACGAAUACGAAUUUUCUCAGUUUCACCGAAACGGAAGAAGUACUACAAAUCGGUAUGCACAAAGUGCUCGUCUAUGUGAAGAACCACCGCGAUGCCUGGCCCUUUAUGGAUCCCGUUGAGGAGGACAUAGCGCCACGAUAUUAUUCCAUUAUACGAAGACCAAUGGAUCUCCUAAAGAUGGAGGAUAAACUGGACAGUGGUAAAUACAAUAAAUUUAGUGACUUUCGCAAUGAUUUUAAAUUGAUUGUGAACAACUGUCGCCUCUACAAUGGACAUAACAAUGAAUACACCGAAAUGGUAAAUAACUUGCAAGAGGCCUUCGACAAGGCCACUAAGAAAUACUUUGAUAAUUUGUCAGACGAUGAGGAGGACGAUCCUAGUUUGGGUUAUCCGGCAGCAGAUUCCAAAAUGAAUGUCUUCCGUGAGAAAUACUUCAAUAAAAAGUCUUCAAAAGAUGCUAGUAGCGACAGUCAAAGUAUAACAACGGAUGCGGAGAAGAAUGCUGUGGAUAAAAUUACACAGAAAAAGAAAAGCAACAAAAAGCAUGCACAUUCUCAGUUGCAUGAAUCCGUAAUACCGUUGAAUAAGGACAAAUAUGCCGAUAGUGCGGACGAAGACUUUGAUGAAGGAAAUAGUGGUGCUCCAGAGCAACGUGGCACCAAGCGAAAGCGUAAAGAAAAGGAUAAAAGACGUAAGAAGAAAUCGAAAAGCAAGACAGCAAUGGCGGAAAAACAUGGCACAGAUGAUGAAGAUGACUUCGAAAUGGAGGAGACUGUGGUUAAUGAAGAUUUUCAUGAAGAUUUGGAAAAUGAACAGAGCACAAGAAAGAGUAAAAAUAAACAAACAAAAGAUUCAUCGAAAAAAGGCAAGAAAAAUAAAAGCGAAAAACUCUCCAAGUCAUCAAAUAAGUCUUCAAAAGGAAAAAGUGAGAGUGGAAAAUCAAAGAAGCAAAGCAAAAAAGGCAGUAAAUCCAGAAGUUAUAACUCUGAAGAUUCGGCUAUGUCCGAGGACGAAGAGCUAGAGGCGGUAUUGGAGCCGGAGCCGAAACCGGAACCGCAGCCGGAGCUUGAAAGAGUAUCGGAUGUGGAGCCUGAGCCGGAAACCGAAGAUGACGCCGAUGACGAUGAUGAAAGUUUUGAAUAUCCUGCUGCUAAAAAGAGCAAAAAUAAGGCAAACAAAGAGAGCAAAUCGCAUACUAAAUCUAGUACUAUCGCUGGGCAUAAGAAAAAAACUACACCAAAUAAAUCAAAUCAGAAGCAGCACACAUCCAACAAACACCAAAAGGGUAAAAGCAAGAGCAGCAAGUCGAAGGGAAAGUCUAAAUCGGCUCAAGCCGAAAGCGACUGUGGGAGCGAGAGUGAAACGGAGAAGCUCCUAAAGAAAAAAUCCAAUGUGAAUAAGGAUAUGCCACCACCAGCAGUGGAUGCGCUUGCUGCAUCAGCUUCUGAAUUGGAGGAGGAGGUAAUCGACGACGAUGAUGACUCGCGUUCGCGCAGUAUGUCACCGUUUAAGGUGGAUCUGCAUAAGAAAUAUUCCAAAAGUGCACUUAACGAUGAUCUCUGCGAUUUACUGACAACAGUCAAAAAGGUACCCGGCAGCACAACGGCAAUAAAUUGUAAUCAAAAGCAUACAGCUAGUGACGAUGAAGAGGAUGAUUUUAAGUCUUUGUCGAGUCGCAGCUCAACUCCGGAGCGUGCUUCCAGCGAGGAACGCAAGACAAAACGCGCAUCUAAGAAAAAUCCACGUAAUGCGAAAAAAGAUGAGCCGCAAAGUAAGACUGGAACGGCAAUUGCUAGUAAAAAGAAUGCCGAAAUUGAUGCUGCGGCAGCGGAAGAGGCAGCAAAACAAGCCGAGCUUGAGAUGUUGUUGCCUUUCUUGGAUAAAUAUGAGCUGAUUAAAUACCGUCGUAGUCGAGCGAAUAAUUUGCAACAGACCGCAGCACAGAAUACAGUUGAAGAAAGCCAGAAAACUGGGCGAGGUCGCUCGAAAGAAAGCGCUGCCAAGAGGAAGGACGCAACCAAAGCUAUAGAAAAAGCGACUGACAAAAACAACGGAGAAAACGCUAAGGCGCGCAAAAACAACAAAAAAGCCAAAAAGAACACAAGCGUAAAGGAAGUAAAAGAAGUAUCUGAUGCUGAUGAAAUCAAAAUCCCACCAAAUGAGGAGAAAAGUACGAAAACUGAUGAGAAACCAUCUUCCAAAGCAUUGAAGUCACCUAUGAAAACCGAGCUUGCAGAUGAAGAAUGCAAAGAUAUUACAACGAACAAUGUUUCUCCGAAUAAGAGCGUCAAAAGCAUAGAAAAGAAACCGGUUGCAACGCCGGAUAAACAGACAGCAAAACGAAAGGACAAGCCUAAACCAGAACCAACAGCUCCUGUAGUACAAGAGGAAGAUCCGCCAAAGAAACUUGCUGAAAAGACAGUAGCGCCAGUGCCGCCAAAAAAAGCUUUGCAAAAGAAGGCCGCCGCCAGUGCUGCUGCCAACAAAAAGGCUAACAAUAAACCAAGCGGCAGCGCUGUGUCGAAUAAGACGUCUUCGACCAACAUUGAGGCACUCGAUGUCGAAACUGAGCAGACGCUUAAAGACAUUAAUCGUUGGCUGGAGCAUACGCCACGUUUUUCGGAGUUUAGUUCUGCAAGCAACUCACCUUCACGCUACAAUUUAGAUGAGUUCGAUGCAGCAAUACCCGCCAAAUUAGAACCGGCCGACUUUCGACGUCCAGUACCGAUCGCGCCACCUAAAAUCGAUUUAGUCCCAACUAAACUAGCAGAUGUUCUAGUUGAUUUAGUGGCCGAUGGUGACGCUGUUGUUGCCGGUGGCCUUAAGAAAGAAGUGAUCUCAGAGUUAAUAACUACGGGCACCUCAAGUAGCGCGGUAGGCGGCACAGCGAGCAGUGUAAGCUCGAGUUGUGGCACACCGCCACAUUCGGUAACGUCUGUCAACUCAGUUGGGAGCACGUCAGCAAAUGCUUCAUCCAAUAACUCAGUUGUUACGGCACCAUCGAUAUCAUCAAUUGCAUCUGCAUCCGCUGCCAAUCAACCUACUUUGCUGAUACCACCACCUCCCGCCACAAGUGCGCCAGCCUUGACUGCCUUGGCGCCACCGAAACCCAAAGAACCUAGCACUACGCAAUUGUUGCUGAAUCCGCCACCACCGCCGCACAUUAAAAACCAGUUGGCUAAGGAAGCAAAGCGAAAAUCGCUGAAAGAGAAGCUGCAGGCGGCUGCCAAUCCGCGGCGCAAAGAUUUACUUCGCACAAUCGAACGUUUGCAACCGGGUAAAGCAAAAGGUAAUCUUUUGCAGAAUAUAAAUAAACCUGACGAGCAUUUCCCCUUGGGUCCCGUGGCGGCUAAAACGAAAGAAGUGAAAAAUGCGCUGAUUGUAGACACUGGCGAUAAUGCGCCCAAACUAAGCUUGGGUACGGUUAUAAAAACCGAUGAUUUUGCCUUGGGGCAAUCACAUAAUUUCAUCGACGAGUUGGCUAGUAAAACUGAGGCGAAAUUAAUGAAUAACACAGAAAAAGACGCUGAGGAGAAAUCGAGCAAAACCACCUCUGCGCUUGAAAUAAUUUCGCCUUUUACACCAAAAGUGCCAGUAGCAGCUGCUGCUGUUUCUGAGGUGGAGUCGGAAAAGAAGGCUGUUGAAGUGUCUGGCAGCGACUAUACUAAACCGUUUGAAAAACUGUUAGAAAAUAAAUCUGCUGCAAAUGCGGACUCUGCCAACGUUGCAGGCGCAAAGGAAAAGCCCAAUUUAAGUGCUUGGUUAAAGGCAUUUGGGGUACCAAAGAAAGCUAAGAAAUCGGAGGAGGAAGAGAAACAGCAACAGCAACAGUCAGACGCCAAUGAAUCGGCAUCUAGUGCAGGUGUUGGCUCUAGCUCGACAAAGUCGAAUGAUGGCGCUGCAUCAGCGUCAAUAUCGUCGACUGGUGCCACCGCUGCAAGCCGAUCGCCUACUGCGGCAUCGAUUACGGGUGGUGUCGACUUUUCAUUACCAUCGGCCCCAAGGCAGCGUAAAGCCAGCACUGGUAGCACCAUAUCCGAGCGUUCUUCGUUCAGUCAGGAUCCCGACUCGCCGCGUAUAGCAAUCGAUGAACGUUACGGCUCCUAUGCGGGUGCAAAUUACACUUCGCCAAUUGGAGCUUCACCAAUUGGUGCAUCACCGAUAAUGGUUUCACCAAAACCAGAUGAAAUUACCAAGCCUACCUCACCCUAUCCAUUGAAUGGCGCAAUAAAGGCGGGUUUCUAUCAAGACACGACUACUAAAAGCAGUCCUGAUAAAAGUUGUAGCCCACGUGAAAUGCCUUCACCAUAUCCCCAAUACUCACAACAUAUAUACUCAUCGGCUUCAUCGCCAAAUGUGUCAACACCGGAGUUAAGUGGUACAUCACCGUACGGUGGCGCAAAUAGUUACAAUCCAUCUGGUUCUGAAGCUUCCAAAACGCCUGUUUACUCAUCCACCUCACCACUGCCGAAUCUCUACGAUCAGUAUAAGCAACCUCGUUCGCAAGAAUCCGAUUAUAAUUCAUCGAUGAGCCCAAGUACGCCCAAUCCAAAUUCACCAUAUCAACAGCCGCAAAGCUCACCAUACACCACGCAGUCGCACCAAUCACCAUACCACCAUCCCAAUUCACCGUAUCAUCAACAACAGCAUUCACCGUUCCAUCAACCGACACACAGUAGCCCGGCACACACAUCAUCCAAUGCAACACCUGCAUUACCAGUUGGUGCUACCUCGGUCCAUUCGCCUCUGCAUCAGCAACCGCAUAGCCCCAUGACUAGUAGUGUAGAUUCUCCUGCUUCGUCUGCGGCGACACAACCGCCUACACCAUUGGCACAUUCACCGGCCGAUCAGCCACAUUCGCCCUACCAACAACCAAUGAAUUCGCCGUAUCAAUCGCAAGUGCCGCAGCCGCAAACACAGCCAACGCAAACACAGCAGCAGCAACCACAACAGACGCAACAAAAUGCAAAUGCGCUCUCACCAUACAGCCAAAGCAGUAUGAGUCCUUCACCAUACCAGGCACCCGUCGGGACUCCGGAGUCUUUGAACUUUAAUCAAAUAACACAAAAUGCAGAUGUGGCUAAGGUGACGCCAGUGGCUACAUCGGUACCAACAGUAAAACCGAGUGUUGCAAGCAGCAAUAGUAAUAAUAACGGUAAUAACAUCGGCUCCAAUGUUGCUAGUGCAACGGCGGUGCCAAGUUAUGUGCCAACGUCGCAUGAUCUUUAUAAUGUACCGGCUAUGGCGACAACACAGCCACAGGCACAGCCACAGACGAUGAUACCACAGCAGCAGCAUCCGCAACAACAACAGCAGCAGACGGACAACUUGAGAGCUCUGUACGGCUCUGCUCUUAGUACUGCCGCUGCGUCCAUUUUAGAUGGGGCAAAACAUGCGGAUUGGAAUAUGGCAGGAGUGCAACAGUUGCAGGAUCCAAUGCAGCAACAGCAACAGCAACAACAACCACAUCAGCAGCAACAACAACAGCUUCUGCAUCAGCAGCAGCAGCAGAAACAACAGAAUGCUCAACAACAAUUGCAUCAUCAACAGCAGCAGCAGCAACAACAACAACAACAACAACAACAGCAGCAGCAGCAGCAAUCACAAACUCUACAACAGCAACAGCAGCAACCACAAGCCCUGCAACAGCAACAGCAGCAACCACAAACCCUGCAACAGCAACAGCAACAGCAGCAAACAUCGCAAAAGCCGCAAUAUCCUACUUACGCUCAAUAUCAAUCGAAGGCAGCUGCUGCAGCCGCCGCUGCGGCCGCUUGCAACAACAAAGAAAUGCCCGUUGCAGAUAAGACCGAUACUGAAAAGAGACAAAACGCCACACUCAGCUAUGGCGACAACUCCGCCAACGAUAUGGUGGCAUUUAUGCAACACAUGCACCAACAAGCUCAGGCACAUAAAAACUCAAUGACCGCCAUAUCAACGGCAACGGUCGCCAGUUCUGCGACUCAAGUCUCAACUGCGACACCAACCACUGCAGCAGUGAAUUCGAACACUAACCCUACUUCCCUCAAGCGUACAGCCGAAGACAUGCUUGGCAUGGAUUAUAGCGGCACCAGUGGAAGCAGCACAGCGAACAAAAUACAAAAGUGUGAAAGCAAUACCGGCUUGCAACAGCAAACGCCACAGUUGUCAACACAGAUUAGCAAACAACAGCAAAUGUUCGACAGCUUUUUGGGCGCCAUGCCGUUUGGUAAGCAUUUAGGCAGCAUUACGCCGGACAAAGCGUUCGAAAUGUAUAACCGUGCAGCAUCGAUGGGGUUUCCCAAGGACUAUGCAAAGGAUAAUAGUUGUCAAAUGCAACAACAGCAGCAACAUCAUCAGCAACAGCCAUCACAUCAGCAAACCAAUUCUGCCACCAACCAACAGCAACAGCAACAGCAGCACCACCAGCAGUUGCAACAGCAAAAGCAGGUUCAACAAUUACAACAACAAUCACACAAUCAGCUGCAGCAUGGUCAACAGCAACAGCAGAGUCAGCACCAUCAACAGUUGCAACAUAGUCAGCAUGCGCAACAGCAGCAAACACAAUCUCAACAUUUAUCCAAGUCAGGCAUGGAGAGUAUAACAGCCAGUUUGCUAAAUAAACCGUUAAAUUAUGGUGCUAGCAGUUUACAGCAGCAGCAGCAGCAGCAAUUAGGCCGUGCACAGCAAAUAAACCAGAGUUAUUCAGCACAGACGCAGCAAUCGCAAGCAUCACAACCACAACAACAACAACAGCAACAGCAGCAACAAAAUACACAGCACCAACAGUUGUCCGUUAAAGCGACUGCAUCCACCGCUACAGCAUCGGUUGCCGGAACAACCCUUGACGCCAGCAACAUGCUGAAUAUGUCCAACCACCACCUAACGCACCAUCUUUCGGCAUAUAACAAGCCGACGCCUGCGCCACCACCAACGCAGACGUACAGCAACCCGGCUGCCUCGCUGUUGCAUCCUUUGGCCGAGAGUUUGUUCGGCUUGUCCUCUGCUAGUGCUGGCUUUUACGACAAGAAUAUGCCACCAGCAGCUCAUAUGUACAAUGCAGCAGGAGGCGCGAAAAAUCUCUCAACUUCUCAGCUGUACUCUAACCCUGCGUCCAUUGCGGCCAUGAGUGCGAGCGCCGGUGGUAUGUACGGCAACCCGCAGCAACUUUCGGCUGCUGCUGCCGCGUCCAAUACGUACGGUGUCGGUGUUCCGAACACCAAUUCUAGUUGCAGUAAUAAUUCCUCUAAUCAGCAACAGCAGAAUGCAACUGCUGUCGCAGAGGCUGCAAAGCCAGUGGCUCCUGUAGUGCAGGCUCCAGCUAAGCGUGGCCGCAAAAAGAAAGCGUCAACGAUUGCCGCAGAGGCGGCAGCAGCAGCUACAGCGGCUGCGAAACUCCAACAGCAACAACAACAACAACAGUUGCAACAACGCCAGCAACAGCAACAACAAUUGCAACAACAACAGCAGCAUCAGCAGCAGCAGCAACAACAACAACAACAGCACCAGCAACAGAUGACGCAAAAUCACCUACAUGCAUCACAAUAUAACACAGCGGCAGCCCACAUGUCGCAAUUGUCCAGCGCCACCUCAGUAGCUUCAGCACAGCCCGCCCACCAAAGUUCAAGCGGAGUGCCUGCGCAUUUGCAAGCGCAUGCGCAAGCACUGCAACAAGGUUUUCCACUAUACGCUGGCUUAAAAACCGGUGGCGUUGGUUCACCGCUUGCCACAACUGGCAGUUCCAAUUCUGCAGCGGCUGCAGCGGCCGCGGCAGCUGCGACGGGCAAUUCAACCGCGCACAGCUCAGCAACUGCGUCAGCAGCCUCAAAUGUUUCCGCAGCAGGAGGCGUUGAUGUAGCGACGGCAAUUUCGCUGAAGACAUCCGCAGCGGAAGUCACAGGCAUGGUGCCUGGUAGCGCUUUCAAUUUCGGUCCCACACCCGGCACUCUCGGUUUGUACGGCGAUCAAGCGGCCGCAGCUGCGGCCAGCAGUUAUCUGGACCAAUUCAGAGAUGCCUCAAAUCCAUACUAUAUGCCAACUGCGCCGGCGCCGGCUCAUCGCAAUUCAACCAGCGAUGCUAGCGCUGCGGAAAAAGCGCAAUCGGCGCUCAAUUCAGGCGCAUCGGCAGCGAGUGUAUAUCCAUUUUUGACAGCGCAUACAACACCACGUGCUACACCCUACUCAUUCAUGCAUAAUACAGGCGCCUCACAAUUAGCUGAUCCCAAUUCUCAGUUAUAUUCCUCAUAUUUGCGGCGCGAGGACUUCCUCAUGUUCAAUCAAGGCCUAUUAGGACGUGGUGCUGGUGCGGCUGGUUAUGGACAGCCACCGCCGCCAACUGCUUACCGGCCAUCCUCUCUGGGUAUGCCCAAGCCUUAUGACAUCAAUCGUUCGUGGUUUUAGCAGUGCGCAAACAACACUGCCCAAGACGAAUUAGCAGGACAAAUGACGACUGCAGCGACAGCAGCAACUAUGCCAGGUGUUGAAGGCGCGGUAACAAGCAAUAGCAUUGCAAUGGGCGGACAGCAACCACCACAACAACAGCAGACACAGUUGGAGCAACAGCAUCAGCAGCGGCAGCCGCAUCAGUUGUGAAGCACAUUGCUAACGAUCACAUGACUAAUAUCACCAACAACCCUGGUGCAUUAUUACGCGGCAUACUCGGGUGCGUCAAAUGCAUACUUGAAGUGUUGUUGUGUGCAUGUACAUAUGUAUUUAUAGCACCGUAUGCUUUGCUAAAAUGCCAACUAUCAUUACCUUAGGUGAAGCUUUAGUAGAUCUACUAUAAAGAUAUAUCAGCAUUAAGUCGAUAUGAAUAGAGUAAAGGGAGUGUUAGCGUUGUUGCAGUGUAAACAACUUCGUUUGAUAUAUACUACAUUUAUGUCUAACAUAUUGCAAUUAGAUUAGAGAAAAAGGAAAGCGUUCUAUUAGUUUAGUACAUAUAUUUAUAAUUAAGCACAAAGUCUAUUUAUGCUUUUCGGUAGAUAAGUGUUGACCGCCCAGUUGUCAACAAAAAUAUUGUUAUAUUAUGGUUCCAUAGAGGGUUGGUGAUAAGUUGGUGAAUUACUAUUGCGUAGUUAAGUUUACUAUUAUGUAAAAUGUUGCUUAUAUUUGAAGUGAAUAGAGAUUCUCGUUUUACGCUAUGCGCUGACUCGUAAGACAUGUAUGUGUGUGUGUGCAUUAGAACACUUACCGUGAAGCAUUAUAUUAAUGAUUAAUUUUAAAUACUUGUAUAAGUAUGCUAUAAGAGCAUACGUAGCAUAGUCAUUUAAGUUUCAAUACACUGUUGUAACAGUAAGUUUUUAAAUUUGUAUAUACAUAUGUAGACAUAUAUACACACAUUUAAUUUAAUAUUAUGUAAGUCAAAAAUUCUAUGCAUAUACUAUGUAUUAAGCUAACAGGAGAUUAAGCAAAACAAAAUAUCACUAUCACUAUAUAUCUUAUGAUUCCUUCAUUAUGCGCUAGUUUCUUCCCAUUCAAUAUUUGUAUAGCUUGAAAUGUUGGCAGGAGCUUUGAAAUAAAUGUAACAGCUUAUUUCGCAAUUUAAUAGGCUUCAUUUAA